UUUAUAUUCAUAUUCAAAACAGAUUAAACAUGGAGCAGAAGUCUAAGAAUCUAUUUGGGUCUCUUGCUGGUGACAAUGCUGAGCUCUUUUAUACCUCGCGAGAAGAGGAGGACUCAAAGUCCCAUAAUUUAGGCUCUGAUAUGCAACGGUCAAACUUUAAACAAAAUAGGGGUUCUCAUUUAAGCAAUGUUAACGACUUUAGCAUCUUAAGUUAUAUUAGUGGGGAAGAAAGGAAAACUAUUUCUAGUGAUAAAACUUCCAGUGAUAUACAUGCUUCAAGUAUGAGGAGCUGCAGUCACCCUUCUCCCCAGAUCGGUUUCGAAGAUACAAUAGAAAUUCAAAUGAACGCCAGUAUAGACUGAAGCGAAGAGGAUUGUGGGUAUCAUCCGAUUGUACGCAAAUUACUAAUAAUUGGAGCUAAACAUAUGUCUCAUAAUCAGAAAUAAGCCAGCUGAGGUUAUUGCCUUCUACCCUGACAGUGACAGUGAGGAUGGGAGAAGCUCAUAUCCGAUUUUAAGUGAAGUUAUUUUCCCAAAUGGCAUUUCAGCAAAGCCAUUUGAUAAUAAAACAGAUGAGGAGAAAUUGUAUUCCUCUCAAUUUUUCUAUAUGAUACUAACGAAUACGAACUCCUCGAGGACUUACUGAAGUUUCUUGUUAUUUAAGGAGCUAGUUCUGAUCGAUGGAGGCACUCCAGUGAUCGUCCCCAAGGCAAUCUGCUUGAUGGGGGAUGAAUGAAUGUUCAGAACUCACAGACAAUUCUUGAAUUUAAUAUUCAAAAAUGUGAUCAUCAAGAACAACAUGAGGUCAUUAGAGACUGUAGCUGAUGAUCCUAUGAACUAUAUUCUCAGUGUAGCCAUGUCAGUUCAGAUUGACUUAAAGGAGAACUUCCACUGAUAUCUAAAAGAACAACUUGAGUAUUACAUCAGCUUGAUGUUUUACCACUUAAAUUUACCCCGAAAUUUACAAAAUUUGGAACUGAAAAACUCAGAUAAUUACUCUAUUCGGUAUCAAAAUAUUCUUGGCUCAGAAGGAUUGUUCAUUCCAGAGAAUUUCUCAUAUGAGUAUUUGUUACUAAAAGUCCGGCCUUAUAGGAUUCUUGAGCUCAUUGUAGCAAUCAUGCAUGAGAGGCCAGUCUUCAUAAUUGAUGACAAUAUCGCAGAGAUGGCAAUUGUGAUGAAAUCCCUCGUCUCACUUAUUAAGCCGAUGAGCUGGGUAGGACCCAUCGUACCUUGCAUUAUAGAGUCAAUGAGUGGGAUCAUAGGCAACCCUGUUGGUUCUCUGACUGGAAUUCAUUCUAAAAUUUGGAAGGAAAAAUGCGAGGAAAAUGAAGGCCUUAUAUGCGAUUAUGCUUACAUUUUAUUCCUUAACGAAGAUAGCAACAUAUGUAAAAAUAAGUUAUGUGAUAUCCCCGCAGAAGAGGUUCUGAGGAAAUUUCUCAAGAUUUUUAGAGACUACCUGGAAACCCCAAUGGAUGAAAAUUGUAAACUUCGAACCCAGUGAGAUCUCAUGCUGAAGAAGAUUGGCCUCAAGAGAAAGCCAAAACAUGAGGACUAUAUGGUGUAUACUCAGCUAAAAAUAGACUUUGAGUUCUUCUUUAAAGUAUUUCUCAGGCUCUUUUCCAAAAUUCCAAAAUUUUUCAACUACGAUGUUGACCCUAUUGAUUACAUGGAGAGAAAGGAAACCCGACCUGUGUUUGAUAAAGACAAAUUCUUAGAAAGUGUUGAACCUGAACACUAUGAAUUCGUUAAAGGGUGUGUUAAAACCCAACUUUUCGAGUGCUUCAUUGAUAAAGCAUUCAAAAUGCAUCAUAACCUUUUAGAAGAAAAUGAGAAAGAUUAUGAGAAAGUAGGGUACUUCUUCAAAUGCUGCGAGGUAUGGAACACUUCAUCCUCUCAAGACCUGAGGAACUAUAUGAAUAAGCACUUUCGGGCUGCGCUUCGCAACUAUUAUAAUAACAAAAAUACUGCUGAUAUAGAGAAAUUUUCUAGUAUGUAUAUUGAGAAGUUUGAGAGUUAUUUUCAAGAGAAACUUACUCCCACAAAUUAUUUGAUCCAGCAGACUGUGAUAAAUGGCGAAAAACAACUGUCACUUAUUGAGGACAUCAAUCUCAGACUGGUCAUGAAACACCUCCCUCGAGCCUUUGAGGAUGAAGAUUACCAAGCAGAUGAAUGACAAGAAGAUACUACUGAUUCUAAAAAUAUACAGAAAAAGUAUUUGGAUAAGUAUAAUUUUAAUGAUUUUGGUCAUUUGUUGGGUAUUGAAGCCACACCUAAACUCAGAUUAGCUCAAUCCCAAAGCUCAAGGAACAUAGAAGUCAGAGCUAGUGAACAAGAAGGAGUUAAUCUGUUUACCAAACCUAAGAAAUACAAUGCUGAUGAGAAAAGAGCAGCCUUUAGGAAUAAAAGACAAGGGAAAACACAAUAUUUACCCACUAAAAUUCUUGGAACAGACUUUACUGAGGAAACAAAGCCCAGUGUCGGUGACAUUGAUGAAGACAUUAAAGGAGAGAUUCUGAUUGAAACAGCUUCAGAUAACCUAUCUCUUGAGAAAGAAAAUACUGAAAUUUAUACUCGAGAGGACCAAUUAAAGUCUUUCAGACAGCCUCAGGACCUUGGAAAUAUCAGCAGUUUUAGAGGAGGAAAUAUUGGGCCAAGGACUUCUCCAAGGAUCUCCUUCAAGAAUAUCCAAACAAGCGCUAAGGUAGAUAACACUGCUCUUCGAAAGAAUAGGAUAAAUCAGGAAUAUAAGAAGAAUUUGAUUUAUGCACCGCUCAAGAAGAACAAGAGCUACAACCAAACUGGUAACACCUCAUACAGAACCAGUAGAACUGGACCUGGUUGCUCCUUGCUUGAAGACUCCUCUCCUUGUGACGCUAGCCAGAACAUGAGGAUCGUAAACCAAGAAAGUUGUAGCUCCAAGAAAUUCUUAGAAGGAAUUGACUCUAACAGAAGAAAAGAUGAGAAACUAAAUGUCUUGAAGGAGAAACCUCACUUUAACUCUCCCCAAUUAGAGGUGAAUUAUCCUAGAUCUGACCAAAAAUUUAACUAUAAUGACUCCGAAAUGAACGUGGAGGUCAAUUCGGACAAAAAGAAGAUACCUCUAGAGUCCAAGCCAAGGCUUAAGAGAGGUCUCACAGUGAAAUUUGAAGAUAAUGAACGCAUGAAGAGCUUUGGUACCAAGAAAAAGGAGGCUCCAAAGGGUCAACUUAGGGAGAAACUUAUUCCUAAAAGGAAUUACCGAGUCAGUGUCCCUUCUAAUAAUAACAGUAUCGGGAAAUCAAAGAGGAAUAAUAGUUCAAGGAAGAAACCUUCUGUCAUCCCAUUGAGCAAGGCCAAGUCAACAAGAGUCUCAAAAGGUCGAGAUAAAUCAAAAUCUUAUGGAGGGGAUAAACUUGCUUUUAAUAAUGGGCCUAGAAAUCCGAAAUUAUUCGAGGAUCAGAACCCUUAUUCAAUGUUUGAGGAAACAAGGAAGAAUAAUCCUUGCACUAGUAUAUCAGAUAAGAAAUCCAAGACAAGAAACAAGAUUAGGAGGUACACUUCUGGGUCUAUGACUUCCAAAGGGACAGUGAACUGAUCAACAUUUGUAAAAGCCUCUUUUGUAGCAAUCCAGGCGAAGCCUGAUCCUACUCGAGAGGGUAGAAUCUUUAAGAAAAAGCAUCAGAUUCCAAAGACCCCUAUAACUGUAAAGACAAGCCAAGUAUCUUCUCAGACAAAGCUUGCGGGGCCUGGGCCUCCAAAUCUUACUAGAAGGAAGAUAGAUUCCACAGGGCUUUUAAAGAAGUGUAAAAGCCAUAUUGGAGAGAACGAGUUUGACACAGUGAUUAUAGAAGAGGAAUAUCAUACAGGAUCUCGCAAAACUUCCCCUUUAAAGAUAUUCAAGCCCACAAGGAUAGUCUUAGGAAAUGAUACGGAAAAAUAACAACUUAAAAAUAAAGAAAGGACCUAGAUUGAUAACAGAAAGAAAUAACAUUGUUGAAAUUGAAGGAGAAAAAGGCUUUAAUCCAGCCUCAAACUCCAGAAAAUCUAAGGAUGACGGCUGGAAUUACGUUGUAGAGAAAACCAAUCCGGAUAGGGGUCUCACAACGGGAAAAUCAACCAAUGUCAAAACUGAAGAGGAGGAAGUAUUCGAUGAUGGUGAGUCAGAUCUCUCCAAUGAAUGAGAUUUCCUAUACUCGAAAGUUGAAGAAAAUAGAUUCACUGUUCGAUCAGAAGAUUUUAUUGUAUAAUUAGACUAAUUUCAACA